CACUACCAGGGACCUAUUUCCGAUGAGAGUCUAGUCUUCAGCCUCGUUCUUUCUGCCGAGUACUGCCUGAGAUUGCUGCACUCUGAAGGACCGGCACUGAGAUCAGAAGACCUUGCCGUCUCGUAUGAUUCCAAUCCUCUUGUCUAUUCAUGUCGUCCCUUGUCCCUCCCAUCUCUCAUUCUGCUCGAAUUGUUCCACGUAUCUUGCUAUACAUACCUUCUUUCUUGAGUGUUCACAUUCCAAUAUACUCUUUAAUGCUCAUGAGUCUUCCAUGAUGUUCAUAAGUUCUCUUCUUGUCCUCGUGGUCCUUGGUAUGGAGCUCUGUGAGGCGGCUAGUCCAACUCAUGGUACCAAGCUCGAUGCCCGAGGAUAUGAGAUUUUCAGAGGAGCCUCAUCAGAACUCAACCUUAAUCGCAGAGACUUACCAGUCGGCACGUGCGAUGCGAAUACACCAUGCGUCAACGGUGCCUGCUGUGGAAGCGACAACCUAUGUGGUUACUCGCCCAAGCAGUGUGGAACUGGUUGCAGAUACAAUUGUGAUGCCAAAGCCGAGUGUGGACCAUAUGCGCCUUCCAGCAGUCAAGCCUGUCCGCUGGCCGUCUGCUGCUCAGAAUUUGGCUUCUGCGGAAGUACUUCUGAGUUCUGCACUUGGACGAACAAGGACGACUCGAACUAUCCUUCUUGUAACACCAAGUACGGCGGAUGUGGUGACGUUAAACGUCCGUCUUGUGGAGGAGGUUCCAGUGUUUCGAAGCGCACGAUUGGUUAUUACGAGACAUGGGCCAACUCGCGCAAGAAUGGCCCAGUCACACCAGAGGACCUCAAUCUGGACGGCUUUACCCACAUCAAUUUUGCCUUUAGCUUCUUCGAUGCCUCUUCUUUCGAGAUCACAUCUAUGGACUCCAAUGCAGCUUCUUUGUACAGUCGCUUCACAGCACUAAAAGAGAAGAAGAACGGUCUCCAAGCUUGGAUCUCUGUCGGUGGAUGGUCUUUUACUGAUCCAGGGCCGACUCAAAAAGCUUUUUCCAAUAUGGUCAGCUCUCAAUCGAACCGUGCCAAAUUCAUAGGCAACUUGAGACAAUUCAUGGAUACUUAUGGAUUCGAUGGAGUUGACCUCGACUGGGAAUAUCCUGGAGCAGACGACCGAGGCGGUGUUUCGGCUGACACUGCAAAUUAUGUCGCUCUAACCAAGGAGAUGCGUGCGUCGUUCGGAACAAAGUAUGGUAUAUCCAUGACCUUGCCAACAUCUUACUGGUAUCUCCAGCACUUCGAUCUGCCGGGCAUUCAAAGUAGCCUUGAUUGGUUCAACCUGAUGGCUUAUGAUUUGCAUGGCACAUGGGAUAAGGCCUCAAAAUUUGUGGGACCAUAUCUGGCACCUCACACAAACAACACUGAGAUUGAUCUUGGUCUGGAUCUCCUUUGGCGUGCUGGUGUGAACGCAGAAAAGGUGGUCUUGGGCCUAGGUCUGUACGGAAGAUCUUUCACCCUGGCAAAUCCUUCUUGCAAUCUUCCCAAUGGAGUAUGUCAAUUUGCGGAUGCUGCCAAACCAGGCCCCAUCUCAGAUGCGGCGGGUAUUCUGAUCGAUACUGAGAUCAACGUCAUCAUCAAGAAGAACAAUCUCAACCCGACAUGGGACAAGGAAGCUGGCGUCAAGUGGAUCACUUGGGAUUCCAACCAGUGGGUCUCGUACGAUGACAGUGACACCUUCCAGCAGAAGCGUGACUUUGCCAACAAGCGUUGUCUAGGCGGCCUCAUGGUUUGGGCAAUGGAUCAGGUUGAUCAAGCCGCGUCCAAUGGACUGAGUCUCGACGGCGAGGUGACAUCUGAUCAACAAGACGACGCUCAGUCGCUGUCUGACGACCAAGCAGCCAAGAUGACUUGCAAGGCCACCGAUUGCGGACAAAGCUGUCCAGCUGGUUCCAACCGCGUGACCGAGACAAAUGGACAGCCAGGACAGCUAAGCACCAAAGAUCGCUGCAAAAAAGGCCAGUACCGAUCGAUUUGUUGUUCUAGCGGCACAACAUUAGGUACCUGCCAGUGGCGUGGUUUCCGUGGUCAUGGUCUCUCCUGUAUCGGAGGUUGUGCCGAUGGCGAGACUGAGGUCGCUACCAACACCAACAGCCACGAAGGCAAGAACGAUCUCACUUGCAAUGGUGGCCAGCAGAGCUACUGUUGCAAAGGCUUCAAGCCAGCAGUGUCCAAAUCGGAACUCGAGAAAUUCGCAAAGGAUGCUGCGAAGGCAGCGGCUGAAGCUGCUGCCGAGCAAGCAGCCCUCGAUAUUGCAGCCAAAGCUUUCUGUCGAGUCGCAGUGCCAGCCUUGUUGGCACCUUUGGAACUUCUUGAGGAUUUGAUCCCUAUCGUCGGCGAGAUCCUUGACAUCGCCGAAAUCGCCGCGACUCCGGCUCUGAUUCAACUUUGCGUCAAAGGUAUUGAAAAGGAGGGCAAAGCUGAGUUCAAAGUGUUUGGCAAGAAGCACACUCUGAGUUUUGACAAGCCCACCAAGAAACCGAGUGAGACUAGACCGCCCAUGAGCUCUCACGAUCCACCAAAGACGAAGACUGAUGAUUCUUGCCCCAACAACCGCAAGCGUAAUGAUUGUGAUCGUCCGGAGAGAGGAGACGUGACUACCUACGACAAGGGUACCACUACAUUGUAUACCACCCUCACCAGAGUGUGUGACGGUGAACGAUGGCCCCAAGCCUGCAUGCACUAUUCCUCGGCCAUUAGAAACCAUGUCGGUAAUGGAUUCAAUCCGGUGACAUGCUCUGAGAAUGCACGGCCUCGUGAGUUUAUUGGCCCCGGUCCCGCUACCAACCAAUGGUCAUUCGAGAAAAACAACAACGAAUGGAAGAAGUGGAUGGCUCGAACCUCAACUGGCUUUCUACCAGGACAGGGUUGUCAGCGUGAUGAAUGGCCACCGGCUCAUUUCUGGCAGGGUGACGUUGGUCAGAUAAUCCGCUAUAAUCACCGAGAGGAUAAUUCCGGGGCUGGCUCGCUCUGGAACCAAUUCUGUCCUGAACACGCUGCCUACAGGUGUGUGCCUGGAAGCGGUAAUGUGGAGAAUCCGCGUCGUGGGAGACCUACAACGCAUUGUAAGAAAGAGCUUACGAUUAGAGGUAAGUCUGCCACUUCUGACAUUGUGUUGAGGCCAAAGCAUUGACGAAGGUUGUCUCUAGUCAUGGAAAUGGAUUUUGACAUGGAAGGCGUCCCACUCUCACAACUUGCCGACGAUGGAUUGGCCGCCAACCAAUGUUACCCUCGCUUAUUGCCAUUGGUGAACGAUCCCACGUUUGCGCUCCUUGAUACCGACAACUACUUCGCAAGACAUGGCCGAGCGCCCCGCAACUGGCAUAUAGGGCCCACUCCAGCAGAGAUCAAUGGCCGAACACCGCCUUUUGCCAAACGAGGGUCAGAGUACCUUCAAGGCCAAUUUGCUUGGGAUGAUGGUAACUCUUCACGCCCGUUGACUGACGAGGAGAUGGAUGGAAUUUCCAGGGGGUUGCGAUUAGAAAAGGAAAUGGCCGAGAUACGCGGUAGCCUGGGAUACGUG